AGCCACAGAAUUACAAACUAAUGUGCAAGAAUCCACUUCAAAAUUUGAAACGGAGUCUGUUACUGAAUCUUCAAUCAUGAGUCAAAGAGAUGACAAUGAAGCUCUGUCACUGUCCACAGAAAACUCAGAUAUGCCCUUGGAACCUUCAGAUAACCGUGAAGCAGAGACAGAGAACAAGGAAAACUCGGACAUUCUAGAUUUUGAAGAUACUAUUCAAAAGUCACAUGAGGAUUUGAGAGAGAGUGUAAAAGAUGCUUUAGAUUCAGGGGAUGAAUUAGAUAUAAUAUCCCAAACUGAAAGUUCAUUAGAAUCAAUGAUCAUUAAGACUGACCUCGAUGCUAAUAGUAACACUGCUAGCAUAAAAGAAGCCGGAGAACUUUCAUCAAUUAAGUCAGAAAUUGUUAUGGAUUAUGUUAUUCAUUCUAAUCCUGAGACUCAAAUGGAUGUUCUUCCAUCAGAGAAACUUACAAAGGGUGAGUCUAUUGAAGUUCUCUCUGAAAAUUAUGAAACCUCUCUUACUGAGGAAAACAAGGACCUUCCAGAGGUCAGUGAACACACCUCUAUUUUAUUUAAAGAUAAUAUUGCAGAAUCUCCUGUUAAUGAGCCGGUGUACUCAUUUGUGAUGGAAUCACAGGGAGAUGACUUAGACAAAGCUGUUUUUUUGCAUGGAGGUAAGGAAACAGUACCAUCUGCAUCAACCAUUGUUGAAGAAUCUCCUAUUGGUGAUGUGGAUUCCCAAAGUUUACUAGAGCUAGAGGAACAUAAACUAGAAACACAGAUUUCUGAAAUUUCUCUGGAAAAGAACAGUAUGUCUGACUUGGAACAAGACCAGGAAAAAACUAGCGAGGACGCAGUUUCUGAGAAUGAAAUGCACAUUCCAAUUAAGUCUGUUUUUGAGGAGGAGCUUGAAAGAUCUGCUCAGAAUUUUUCCAUUUUUGAGACCACACCAGACAGCUUUAUGGGCUCACCAAUGCAGGUGAUUCCAGAAAGUCCCUCAGAAACCUCAGCUUUUGCAACAGAUGACACCAUUCCUUUUAUUCAGACAGAGAGAAAUGCCUCCGGACAUAGUUCACUGACAGAUGAAUUUAAAAUGAAUACCAUAAUAGAAGAAAAUGAUAGCUUUUCUAACUUUGAGGCUAAAUCUGCAUAUUAUGAGAACGAAGCUCAAAAGGCUUCGUCCCGCUCCAGAUCUUCAUCUA